CAGCCCAGCCCGGCCCGCAGCGGCGGCGGCGGCGGCGGCAGCGGCGGCGGCGGCGCUCCCAGCCGGCCCGGUGAGCACCGAGGGCCGCGUGUCGGGCCCCCGGCCUGCCCUCGCCCGCCGGGCCCGCUUCCCCGCGUCAUGGCCUUGGUGCGGGACGCCGAGCCGGCGACGGGGCCGUCCCGCUGGCUCCCCACGCAUGUCCAGGUGACGGUGCUGCGGGCCCGGGGGCUGCGCGGCAAGAGCUCGGGCGCGGGCAGCACCAGCGACGCGUACACGGUGAUCCAGGUGGGCCGCGAGAAGUACAGCACGUCGGUGGUGGAGAAGACCCAGGGAUGCCCCGAGUGGCGCGAGGAGUGCUCCUUCGAGCUGCCGCCCGGAGCCCUGGACGGGCUGCUGCGGGCGCAGGAGGCCGACGCGGGCCCGGCGCCCUGGGCCGCGGGCACGGCCGCCGCCUGCGAGCUGGUGCUCACCACCAUGCACCGCUCGCUCAUCGGCGUCGACAAGUUCCUUGGCCAGGCCACCGUGGCGCUGGACGAGGUCUUCGGCGCAGGCCGCGCCCAGCACACGCAGUGGUACAAGCUGCACUCCAAGGCGGGCAAGAAGGAGAAGGAGCGGGGAGAGAUCCAGGUCACCAUCCAGUUCACCCGCAACAACCUGAGCGCCAGCAUGUUCGACCUGUCCAUGAAGGACAAGCCGCGGUCGCCCUUCAGCAAGAUCAAGGACAAGAUGAAGGGCCGCAAGAAGUUUGAGCUGGAGUCCGCCUCGGCCAUCCUGCCCAGCAGCGCCCUGGAGGACCCCGAGCUGGGCAGCCUGGGCAAGAUGGGCAAGGCCAAGGGCUUCUUCCUGCGUAACAAGCUGCGCAAGUCCUCCCUGACGCAGUCCAACACCUCGCUGGGCUCCGACAGCACCCUGUCAUCGGCCAGCGGGAGCCUGGCCUUCCAGGGCCCGGGCGCAGAGCUCCUCACCCGCUCGCCCAGCCGCAGCAGCUGGCUGUCCAGCGAGGGCGGCCGGGACUCCAUGCAGUCCCCCAAGCUGCUCACCCACAAAAGGACCUACAGCGACGAGGCCAGCCAGGCCCGAGGGGCCCCCAUCCGGGCCCUCCUGGAGCUUCAGGGCCACCUGGACGCGGCCUCGCGCUCCUCCUCGCUGUGCGUCAACGGGAGCCACAUUUACAAUGAGGAGCCCCAGGGACCCCCGCGGCACCACCGCAGCUCCAUCUCGGGCCCCUUCCCACCCUCCGGCGCCCUGUACGGCAGCGGCGGCGGCGGCGGCGGCGUCCAGGCGCGGCCCUCGGACGAGGGGCCUCCGCAGGCGGACGAGCCCCGGGCCCGAGGGGGCCGCAGCGGCAGCAGCUCGGAGGUGGCCCUGGGCUCCGAGGACCCGAGUGUCCAGGCCAGAGCGCCGGGAGAGGAGGCCGGGGUGCGGGUCCCCGAGGGGAAGCCGGUGCAGGUGGCCACCCCCAUGGUGGCCGAGAAGGAGGCCGAGAAGGAGGCCGCCCGGAAGGAGGAGCGGAAGCCCCGCAUGGGCCUCUUCCACCCGCACCACCCGGGGCUGGGGCGGAGCGAGUCGGCGCGCCGCAGCUCCCUGGGGGAGCGAGGGGGCUCUGCGCCCGGGGGCUCGCCCCACCACACGUCCGGCGGGGAGGAGAAGGCCAAGACUAGCUGGUUUGGCUUGAGAGAAGCGAAGGAAACGACACACAAACCCAGCCUGGACGUGUCUCCUCAGGUAGAAUCUGACCCAGCUGCUGCUCCUCACCACCUCCCCUGCUCCCCCUGUGCUCCGGCCCCUCCCACUCCUGCUCCCACCGCUGCUCCCAUGCUAAGCACUAACCUUUUUGCAGCCGCCUCCCCCGCUGCUGCUGCCGCCUCCGCCUCCGCCUCCUCCGCUGCCGCCUCCGCCAGCGCCCCCGAAGGCACCCCCGAAGGCACCCCCGAAGCCACCCCAACCGGAUUCUUGGGUCUCACCAACCCGUUCCUCACCUCCCUGCAGAGCAACCCUUUCUUCGAGGAACUCGUAGCCGACAUAGCACUAAACUCUCCUUCACCUGCUCCCUCUCUCCCCAGGGCCUUGAGGGCCAACCCUGCCCCCCUGGCCUCCCCCGGGAAAGCCCCGCCCGAGUGGGACGACACCUUCAACGUCUUUGCCUCCGGAAGGCUGCGUGCAGAGGCGGGGCACGCGGGCCCGGCCCCCGAAGGCCCGGGGCUGGAGGCCGCUGGUGUGCACCCCGUGGGCCCCACCGAGAAGGAGGCUGAGCCCCAGGGGGAGCCUGUGGGCCAAGGAAGCGGUGGGAGCAGCGAGCUGCUGGAACCCCGGCCGCCCCUGGACUUGGGACUGGCCGGCCAGAGCCCGAGUGCAGCUGAUGAGGGGCCCCCCGGGUCGUCGGUCGCUCCGGGCCAGCCCUCCACCGAGUCAGCCCCUCAGCAGCCUCCAGCCUUGGAAUGGGACGCGGCCCCCGCCCGGGAAGCAGGGCAGAGUCCAGCGGACAGCAGCACCUCUCGGUUCAGCUCCCCGGAAGUGAUCAGUGUGUGGGAGAAGCUGCCUGGCCCCGAUGACACCCCCGAGGGCUCGGACCAGGGCCCCGCCCAGGGCGCCAACCAGCUCUUCCCUGAGCUGAACGCAGCCACCGCCGACUCCUGGCCCUGGGACGUGGUCACCAUCUCGCCGGCCGCGGAGACACCCUCACCGGUCCUGCCCCAAGAGCCCGAGCAGCAGCCGCCCAGCCCCAGCCAGCCAGAGCCGCUGGAACCCGUGAGUUCCAACGGGAGUGAGGGGCUCCCCCCGGCAGAGCUGGAGCUGGAGCCAGAGCCCCAACUCGAGUGGGGGCUGGACCAGGAGGUGCAGCCCAGCAUGCCCCCUCCCAAGCCGCCUCGCCUCUUUACACCCUCUGAUUCCAAGGAGGAGUCAGGGGGCCUGGGCAGCAGGGGCGCAGAGCCGGCAGGAGAAGAUGCGUUCCCGACGGCGGCGGCGGUGCUACUUGUUGGGCCCCAGGACGAGGGGGACAAGCCCCCCGGCCCUGGCCUGGAAGAGCCCGCGGAGGGUGCUGGCCCCCCUGUGUCGGGGUCCUGCAGCUCUGGGCCUGGAGUCGCCCCUAAAGGUUCCGCCCCCCUCCCCUGCUACUCAGAGAGCUUGACCUUUCGGAGCCAGCAGAUCUGGGGGGCCCCAGAGAGAGGAGAAGGUCCUGAGGCUCCCCAGGCUGAGAGUCCGGGGUCCACAGGGAAGGAGCCUGGGCCCCAGCCACACAGCUCCCAACUGGCUGACUUGUGGGCCUCGAAGGAGGACGCCUUCAACCCUUUCUUUCCUCGGGAGAGCCAGGAUCCCCUCAGCUUCCCAUCCACGUCCCCUCCAGGGUCCAGGGAGUCUUCCAUCCCCUCCGAUCCCGAGGAGCUGCCCACGCCCCCAGAGCCUGCCUUCCCCCCACCCCCUCUCCCACCCUGGGCCAGCCACCGCCACGGGGGCCCCAGCCCUCCUUGCUCUUCCCUGCCUGGAGCCUGGCCCCUGACCUCCUCCUCCCCGCCCCCCGGGGAGCCCGCCUCCCCACCUGGGGGCACUCCCACCCCAAGUGGGGAGGACCACGCUGCAGCCACCCCAGCCUCCCCGCUUGUGCUUCUGCCCUUGGAGACACGACCAGCUGAGGAGCUGCAGCCCGCUGCCAGCCCGCACCCCGUGAAGCCUCUGAGUGCUGCCUCCGUGGAGGGCAGCCCCGAACGGAAGCUGUCUCGCUCCAGCCUGAGCACCGCCCUGAGCAGUGGGCUGGAGAAGCUCCGGACAGCCACGUCUGGCGGCGUGCAGCCCGUGGCGCCGGCCCCGCAACCGGGCUCUGUGGUGGACACCAAGAGGCUAAAGGACUCGGGGGUGCUGGACCAGUCGGCCAAGUACUACCACCUGACCCACGACGAGCUCAUCGGGCUGCUCCUGCAGCGGGAGCGGGAGCUGAGCCAGCGAGACGAGCACGUGCAGGAGCUGGAGAGCUACAUCGACCGCCUGCUGGUGCGCAUCAUGGAGACCUCGCCCACCCUGCUGCAGAUCCCCCCCGGAACCCCCAAGUAGCCUUCCUCUCCUCCACCCCCCCGCCCCUGCAAGGACCGAGGUGGCCCCACCUCCCAGUUUGGGCUCGAGACCUCCUCCCCCAUCCCUUUUUAAGUGUAACUAGCCUUGGGGGUCCGUGGGGGGCUGGGGGGGCGGGGCUGGUGCUGAGCCCUUCCCUCCAUGUCUCUCCCCCGUCCCUCCGGCCUCAACCUCAAACCGGGGCAGCUGGAAUUGAGGGGCCCUUGGGACUCCCCCUGGAGGCGCCUGGGUCUGCGUCCAACUGUGCACCUCGGGAAGCCUCCGCCGCCCUCCCCGCCUGUUUCUCGGCAUUCCCCUUCGAUUUGGGGGCCUCUAGGGAAACUGAGCCGAGAAUUUGGCCCUCUAAGACUGAGCUCCGGGGCGGUGGCGGGACUGCCAUGUGACAUGGCUUCUGGGCCAUACUUGAUUCCCCUCCCAAGGAAGGUUGGCUGUUAUUCUUCCACCGCUAAACGCUCGUCCUCUCCAUCUCCCUCCAGCCCUUGGAGGGCGCCUAGCGUUCCCCGCACCGUGGCGGGUACCCUGCUGCCUGUGCCUCUGAGGGAGGGGCAGCCAAGGCGCCGCUGCUCAGGCUCCCCUCUGCAGAGAAGAGCCCCAGCCUCUGGGUCCCACCUCCUGCCUUGCCCCCUGCUGUCGGCUGGGCAGGCAGUGCCCUGAGGCUGGCCUGGAUGCUCCCGCGCCCUCCCCGCCCCCUGCUCUGGCCUUCCCAUGGACUGUGUCACCUGUAACUGGAGAGCUGGGACAGGCGGGAGCGUUGGGAGUGGGGGUGGGGCGCCAAUGUACCCACCUCUGUGGUAUGUGCCCCUCCAGGCCCUGGGGCCCUGGGGUUGUUCGUGUUUAGGGGAUCAAGCCCCCCCUGUUUCUGUUCUUGUUGCCUGUUCAGAUGCCAAAACUCUGUGCGGCUGCAGGGUUUGAACUUUCGGGAACCAAUUCAAACGUGCCUUUUGGGGGUGGGGUCCACACCUCUCCCCAUGUUUGGCGAAGCCCCCACCCCCUGUCAAGCACAUGGGGGGUGCUGAUCUAUGGGGGCCACGGGAAUGGAGUUGGCAGCUCUUAGGGGUGGGUUGUGGGGGCGUGGGGACAGCCCCGCUGUUCUCAGCCCCUGCCCUGGACUGAUGUCAGUGAAGGGUCUGCCAGCCGAACCUCAGCUGUCCCUCAGCCUUGCUGAUCUCUGACCCAGCGGAGCAGGGGCCCAGGAUUACACUACCUUCUGGGAGUGGGAGGUCCCACUCUGCCCUCCCUGGGAAAUGGCUUCAUCCCAUCCAUCCACUAGCUGCUGACACAGCCUGUUCCUCCUGUCCACAGCCCUGCCUGGUUUGGCUGCAGCCACCUUGAGAAGGCACGUUUGUCCAAGCCAGCAAAUCCUAGCCACUGGUUUGCUUGUGUGAAGCACGGCAGGCCUCUCUGUGGCCCUGGCAGGGAGAGGACGUCAGUAGUUCAAGCAAAAGCUGUGGGGUGAGGGGCCGAAAGUGGAAAAAUUUGGCCCAGGGAGGAGGUGAGAGCUCCCCGAGGGCAGCCUUUUCUUCAUGAGGGGGCCUUGGGGGUCACCCAGAAAGCCCUGGCAGGAAAUAUAAGAUCCUCCAGGAGCCCCAUGGGGGAAAGUUCCGGUAAUGUUAGCUACUGUAAGGGCCACUCGUGAAAACCAAGAAAAUCAUUCAUGGGCACAUAUGGGGGGAGUGGUUAUCGGGGUGGCUAUUGGAGAGGUGUCCCUGUGAGGAGCUCAUUCCCCUACUAGUUGCUCCCCUGGGCUCUUUCCAGUCCUGGCCUGUCGCUGACACUCGGGCAUUGAUGAUGGGCCUCCAAAAGUGCCCAGGGCAGCAAUGUCUGCCCAAGAGUUCUGAGUUUUUGCUGGAUGGCUUUGCGUCUUGGCUACGAGGUGGAGAAGACCUGCAGAGGGGUAGGACAGGGAGCAGGCACAGUUCUGCUUGGCUGUUUGUCUCCUAGUUGUAACUCCGGUUUCUGAAGAGCUUGUUCUUCAUAGUUGGAGCACUUAUGAAGAAUAAACAUUUACAUACUGCA